UCUAAAAUCCCCACAAUUUCAAAGCAAACAUAAAAAAAUAAGACCAAAGGAGGAGGAAUCACUCCCUCACCCACCUAUAACUUGCUCUGCUCUCUUCAACUUCUUUCCACACUUUUCUCUUCGACUACAACAUUUUUACAAACAAAAAUAACUUGUGAUUCGAGUGGAGAAAGCACAAAAAUCCACCAAACACCUCUUAUCUUUCACUUGAAACCAAUUUUUAUUAGGAAAGUGAAAAAUAAAAAUAUGGAAUCCUUAAAUUUCCACAAUAUCAAAAUGGAGAAAGCAAACGCUAUACUGAGAUACAAAAAGCGUCAAAGAAUGACAACUUUGUUUCGAUUCAUCGAAUUCAGCAUAUUUUUGGUCAUAAUCUCAAGAUUUUCCGCACAAUUGCCACUCACUUUCAAGCUCUCCACAGAGUAUUUCAAGGGACUUGGUGUCACCCUUAUUAGUCCUCGAUUCGUCUUCGUUCUUGGAAACGCGAUUGUUAUCAUCCUCUUCUUGAAAUCAGGACAGUCAUCUGCUAAAGAUGGUUCGACAAACAACGUUAAAAUCGAUUUGUACGAUGAGUACAAGCAAAAAUGUUCAAUGAACAAAGAGACUCAUUUUGAACAGAGCAAGAAACAGAGCAUUUUGGUACAAGAUACUUACUGUGAACAGAGCAAAAAACAGAGUAUUUUGGUAAAAGAGGCUUGUUGUGAACAGAGCAAAAAACAGAGCAUUUUGGUACAAGAUACUUGUUGUGAACAGAGCAAGAAACAGAGCAUUUUGGUGGAAAGACAAGUAGUAAAGAAAAUUCGUCGUAGCCAUUCGGAGAACUCUAUAAGUUUGUCCCAAGAUGAGAAAAAACCUAGAAGAGAAUUGAUCCGGUCGGCUACAGUAGGAUGUCGGAAAGUUAUAAACACUGACAGUGUAAAACCAACUAUGACGAUAACAACUACCUCAUAUCCAGAGGACGAGAUGAGCGGUGACGAAUUCAGGAAAACUGUUGAGAAUUUUAUUGCAAGACAACAGAGAUUGUUGAGGGAAGAAGAGUUUUCAGCUGUUGAUUCUUAUGAAUCAUAGCCUAUUAAUUAGUUCAUGUUCAAGUUUCAUGUACUAGUUUUUGCUCUCUCCCUUUGUAAACUCUUUUUUUUCCCCUUGUUAUGUUUUUAAGAAAAGCAUAUACAUAGUACUCCUAGGUAUUAGGCCCUCCUCCAUAUUGCUGGCUUGCUACAAUAGAUCUGUACAGUAAUAUAUAAUGAUUAAAGCCAUGGGAGGUUUUUGCAAAUGUUACUUUGCCUAA